CAUUCACAGUCGGAAUUUUCGGGCCAUCUCGUACUCGAGUGGAUCGCGCCACAACCGGCGCGCAAAGCCAGGGUUGGAAUUCGGGGAUGGCGCACGUCCAUUCAUUUCCAAGCGUGUCCAGAAUAGAUGGAUGGUAUCAUACAGUCACACCGCCGAGGCCCACCAGCCUCGUUAUGCCGACCAGGCUGAGAGGGUCAGGUAGCGUUGGGAAAGGGAUACGAGGUAGGAUCGAAAGGUGUAUAUAAGAGCUGGACUUCGUUCUCUGUGGAAGAAUAUCAUCACAAUCCAAACUCAUCACCUUACCAUCAAGACACCUCUUCCAACGUUUCCAUACUCACACUCAAAUCCUCAACACCAAAACCACCAAACCACCAACAUGAAGUUCACCACCGCCGCCAUUGCCGCUUCGGCCGCUGCCGUUGUGUCCGCCUCUCCCGUCGCCCAGACCUCCAAUGAGCAUGACAUCAAAGACGGCGGUGUCUUCCGCAUCAUGGCCAUCCGCUCCGGCUCUGACAUCCACUACUCCAGCAUCCAAGCUGCCAACGGUGCACUCUACAUCAACACCCCAUCUCAAAACGCAUCCUGCUCCCAGCCUGUAAACUACGCUUCCUUCCGCCUCGCAUCCGGCGAACUCUACCUCAACGCCCGAAGCCCUCCUCAGCAGCUGUACGUCGACCGCUCAGCCAUGGGUCAGGGUGUCGUCCAGUACACCACUGGCGCGCAGGGCGCAGGCAAGAACGCGGAGCGCACUGGCUUCACCAUCGACGACAACUCCAACCUCGUCUUCGGCCAGAACACCGGCUUCCUGGCUUGCCCUGAUGCGCCCCAGGGCGGCUACACUGUGUGGUUGAACAUCAACGAGAGGCCCGGUGGAAACCAGAACUGUGUUGGUUUUGCUGCCAAGGCUCUCAAGGAGGAUGCCCCUGUUGACUGCUCUUACACCGAGAGGUCGUAAGCGAGCGCUUAUGAAGUGGUCAUGUAAAGAGGAGAUUGGGCUAGUUGGUCUGCAAUAUUGUACAUAUUCGCUUUAGCGUUUCCUUCACACUCCUUUGCAUAUAACGGUUGGGCUUUGGCAUAUAGGUGUUUAAUCAUUACUUGUAUAUAUGAACCGAAACAUAUAAAUAUGUCAUCUAUCAAGU